AUGCUGAGGACGCGUUCCUCAACCUACAAAUCAUCGUCACCAUCAUCGACUGUUAUUAUUCAUGAUCGAUUCUUUGCUACCAUUGCUGACACUGCCGCGAGCGAUGCAGCAGCAGCAGCUCCCGAAAAAAUGAGCGGAAUGAGUGAUCAAAAGCGACGAUUGGCACAAGCUGCUCUUCAACAAAUCCCUAAAUAUGGUUGGACCCAAGAUGCUUUGACGUCAGCUGUCAUGGAAGAUCCACAGAUGUCUGUGUCCAUGACAGGGUUGUGGACGCCCAUUGAGUUGGUGAAUUGGCUCAUGGACGAUUGGAACUCCCAGUUACAAGAGAAACAAAUACAUGAUAGCCAAAGAAUGUCUGCCUUUGAUGCCAUUCAGUGGCGAUUGCAACAAGUGAUUCCAUUGGUGAAGGCAAGUCGAUGGCACGAAGGCAUGGCAUUGGGCCUUUCCACACCGGUGACGACACGAUCACAAUUACACGACUUUGUGGAACUGGCAGCACCCAAAGAUGCGACGAUGGCCUACAAGACUGGAUUGGGAAGUAUAUUUUUGUCCACAGAACUAUUCAUGUUGACUGACUCGUCAGAAGAUUUUGAAGCAACAUGGGAAUUUUUAAGAAAUCGAUUGACCGAAUUGGAUAACGGGAAAAUGGUUCACUUUGUAGAUAUGAAUCAAAUCAUGAGUACCAUUAGCACUGGCGCUGGAAAUCUUAGCAGCAGUGGUAGUGGAACCAAUGUCCCGAUCGCAGCGGCAUCGGCCAUUGCAUCGUCCCUAUUGGAGGGUGCGGCUAGUCUGCUUCGACCCCCAACACGUUCUAGCACAAGUCACAGGAGUGGGACAAAAGCGAGCGACUACAAACCAAAAUAG